GAGCGGCAGCCGCCGGGCAGUGGAACUGCGACGGCACCGCGGAGCCGCCGGCAUGAGCUCCUCCCGCAGCCCCGCGCCCCGGGUUCGGCCUUUCUGACAAGAGCUAGACUUUGGGAUCCUUGAGGCUAUUCAGCUAUGCACUUUUGAAUAUCCUCUCACCAUAUUCAACAUAACAUUCUUAAUGAUUAUCCUCAGCAGGACAGGUGUGAGAGGAUUGCUAUUGUACUACAAUCAUGGUGCAAAAAUACCAGUCACCAGUGAGGGUGUAUAAACACCCCUUUGAAUUAAUUAUGGCUGCCUAUGAAAGGAGGUUCCCUACAUGUCCGCUGAUUCCCAUGUUUGUGGACAGUGACACUGUGAAUGAAUUCAAGAGUGAAGACGGGGCCAUUCACGUCAUUGAAAGGCGCUGCAAGCUGGACAUAGACGCACCCCGGCUGUUGAAGAAGAUUGCAGGAGUUGAUUAUGUUUAUUUUGUCCAGAAAAACUCUCUCAAUUCUCGGGAGCGCACUCUGCACAUUGAGGCCCAUAAUGAAACGUUUUCCAAUCGGGUCAUCAUUAACGAGCACUGCUGCUACACCGUUCACCCUGAGAACGAAGACUGGACCUGUUUUGAACAGUCUGCAAGUCUAGACAUCAAAUCUUUCUUUGGUUUUGAAAGUACAGUGGAAAAAAUUGCCAUGAAACAGUACACCAGCAACAUUAAAAAAGGGAAGGAAAUCAUUGAGUACUACCUUCGUCAGCUUGAAGAAGAGGGCAUCACCUUCGUGCCGCGCUGGACCCCACCUUCCAUCGGGCCCUCUUCAGAGACGUCCUCGUCCAGCAAGAGUCAGGUGGCAUCCACGGCUGUUGUGGUCCCAGAGGCUGCCCUCAAGGAGGGGCUGAAUGGAGAGGCCCUCAGCAACCCUGGAGGGACCCCUGAGCCCACGGUGGGAACCCCUGAUGACAAACUCGAUGCCGAUUACAUCAAGAGGUAUCUGGGUGACCUGACCCCACUCCAGGAGAGCUGCCUUAUCAGGCUUCGCCAGUGGCUCCAGGAAACCCACAAGGGCAAGAUCCCAAAGGAUGAGCAUAUUCUUCGGUUCCUACGCGCUCGGGAUUUUAACAUCGACAAGGCCAGAGAGAUCAUGUGUCAAUCUUUAACAUGGCGGAAGCAGCACCAGGUGGACUACAUCCUGGACACCUGGACCCCACCCCAGGUGCUUCAGGAUUACUACGCGGGAGGAUGGCACCAUCACGACAAAGACGGACGGCCUCUCUACGUGCUCAGGCUGGGGCAGAUGGACACCAAGGGCUUGGUACGAGCCCUGGGCGAGGAAGCCCUGCUGCGAUACGUUCUCUCCAUAAACGAAGAGGGCCUGAGGCGCUGUGAAGAGAACACGAAGGUCUUCGGCCGGCCCAUCAGUUCCUGGACCUGCCUGGUGGACCUGGAAGGGCUGAACAUGCGCCACUUGUGGAGACCUGGCGUCAAAGCCCUGCUGCGAAUCAUCGAAGUGGUGGAGGCCAAUUACCCAGAGACACUGGGCCGCCUUCUCAUCCUCCGGGCACCCAGGGUCUUCCCUGUUCUCUGGACGCUGGUCAGUCCAUUCAUUGAUGACAACACCAGAAGGAAGUUCCUCAUUUACGCAGGAAAUGACUACCAGGGCCCCGGCGGCCUGCUGGACUACAUCGACAGAGAGAUCAUUCCAGAUUUCCUGAGCGGGGAGUGCAUGUGUGAAGUGCCAGAGGGUGGACUGGUCCCCAAAUCUCUGUAUAGGACUGCGGAGGAGCUGGAAAAUGAAGACCUGAAGCUCUGGACCGAGACCAUCUACCAGUCUGCAAGUGUGUUCAAAGGAGCCCCUCACGAGAUUCUCAUUCAGAUUGUGGAUGCUGCUUCUGUGAUCACUUGGGAUUUUGACGUGUGCAAAGGCGACAUUGUCUUUAAUAUCUAUCACUCCAAGAGGUCUCCGCAGCCCCCCAAGAAGGACUCCCUAGGGGCCCACAGCAUCACCUCUCCAGGCGGGAACAACGUGCAGCUCAUCGACAAGGUCUGGCAGCUGGGCCGCGACUACAGCAUGGUGGAGUCGCCCCUAAUUUGCAAAGAAGGAGAAAGCGUGCAGGGCUCUCAUGUGACCAGGUGGCCAGGCUUCUACAUCCUGCAGUGGAAGUUCCACAGCAUGCCGGCGUGUGCGGCUACCAACCUGCCCCGGGUGGACGACGUGCUGGCCUCCCUGCAGGUGUCCUCACACAAGUGCAAAGUGAUGUACUACACAGAAGUGAUCGGCUCCGAGGACUUCAGAGGCUCGAUGACCAGCCUGGAGUCCAGCCACAGUGGCUUUUCCCAGCUGAGCGCCGCCACCACCACCUCCAGCCAGUCUCACUCCAGCUCCAUGAUUUCCAGGAGGAGAGAGGUUGUGCACCGUGGCCCUCCGCAUGAAGGGGCCUCGGCACAGGCCCAAAAGCAGAGGGGUCAGCUGAUCGUGGCCUGCAGCCUCCAAAGCCAUGAGCCAGAAUGUGGCCUCUAGUUGGCUCUCGGAUCUGUCACUUUGGUGCCCAGCGCUGUCAAGGCAGGUGUCUCUGGGUGAGUUCAGCCUCUGGUUGGUAGGUGGCGUGAAGCAGGCUCCUGAUGGGGGUGGACCUCAUCCACCAAGGGCCUGACAAGCAGAAAGGCUGACCCUCCCCAGAGGAAGAGGCUUCUCCCACCUGCCCCCUUAGAACAGGGCACAAAUAGGACAGCAAAGGCACAACUGCCCCUGGGCCCUGGACACUUGAGCACAGCCCUGGGCCCUGGACCAGCAGGGCCAUGCCUGCCCCUGUGCCAAGCCGGCUGGGAGACCGGCACCAGGGGGCGCCUAAACAGGGGGGUUUGGCGCCUCAAGGCAAAGCUCAUGCAUUUCUUCCCUCUUCAGGAGAGGACACGAGAUGACCGCAGGGCAUGAGACUAACAUGUCCUGCAGCUCAGGAGCCCUGGAAAUGACUGGGCAGAAGGCUGGUUGGGGUGAGCACCAGAUCGGGAGCCAGGGGGUGUGGCGGGAGACAGAGGGCCGGCAGGGCAGCACCAGGCUUUCCCGCGCCUUUCUAUUCUCUCCCCCAGGCUGGCCUUCUGUGACCGUCACCCACCACCCCCUGUGGAGGGCAGGCCUCACCAGGCUGGGACAUCUGCCUUGUGUGGGGAUUCGCCUCUGUCUAGGGCCCACCCAGGAAGGACGCACAGAGACCUAGGAAGUGGCAGGCUCUGGCCCAAGGGCUCGACCAGGAUCUGACCUCGUGCUUUCUGGGGCUCUUGGCCUUGCCAGACCCCUUCUUCCGUCAAAGCUCCUUGGAAAGCGCGUUACACGACUGUGCAACGGACACAUGCAGUGUACCCUCAACCCACAAGGCGCUCACACCAGCAGGACUCACCUCCCCUGAUUUUACAGGAAAUUAAAACAAGAGUUUUAACAGAA